GGCUGCCUGCUGCCCACCCACACUGGGCUGGGGAUUGAGCCCUUGAAUGGAGUCAAAUGAGGGACCCUUUAGUCUGCAGGUUGAAGCUCUAUCCCCUGAGCCAAACCAGCUAGGACAUUGUUACUUUGUUAGUCUUUAGGUUGAUGAUAAAAAUACAGUUCUGGCUCUCUCUUUCUCCACCAUCACCAUCGAGGUGCCUGUGUUCGCCUCUCCUUCACCAUGUCUUCCCACAAGACUUUCAGGAUCAAGAUGUUCCUGGCCAAGAAACAAAAGCAGAAUCGGCCCAUUCCCCAAUGGAUUCCGAUGAAAACUGGUAAUAAAAUCAGGUACAACUCGAAGAGGAGACAUUGGAGAAGAACCAAACUGGGUCUAUGAGAACUCACUCAUGAGAGAUGACUCACAUAUUUAUGCUGUAUCCAGGUUGCCUACACCUUUAAAUGAUUGAAAAGAUGCUACUGUCUGGACAGUUGGAGCAUUUAAAUUGGAGAAUUAAUGGACUUGUGAUUUUACUC